AUGGCCGGUCUCGGAAUCUUUGCUGAGGGACGCUGCCCAGGCUCAUUUUAUGACCUUCAAGAAUUUGUUACUCAGACGUCGAUACCUUCUGCCGCUUCAGGCUGUAAAUCACCUGAGUGGGAGUCCACAGAGCGGACCGCAGGCGAAGCUGAAAGAUUGCUCUGUGGCGCUGAGACGCACGCUCUAGGGACGGCCGCCCUGGCCAGUCCGCCCGAACUGGCCAAGUUCGGAUUCUUAGCGACGUGGGCACUGGUUGGGGAUCCCGCAUGCCGGGAACCCUCGUUGGGCUGCGGCACGUGGCCGUUUGGCCUGUGGGGUCUCCGAGAAACUUGA